CAAUAUUGAAUGUCCCGGGAAGACAAAAGACAACAUAAAAUCAAGGUUAGACUUGCCGGAUAUUUGCUCAAGAAGCGAGUUACAUAUAAACAGCAAUGGGCAAGUUCCUGUUCCGAUAUUCAGAUUGUCUUCAGAAAAAAAGUCGGUGUUGUUCAACUGGGUAGCAUCAGAAGUGAAAUUCCCCGAUGGGUAUGUUUCAAAUCUGUCUAGAUGCGUUGAAAAGGGUCAAAAAUUCUCUGGGAUGAAGAGUCAUGACUGUCAUGUCUUUAUGCAACGACUACUUCCCUUUGCUUUUGCGGAGCUACUUCCUACAAACGUACAUGAAGCACUUGCAGGCAUUGGAGCAUUUUUCAGGGAUCUGAGCACCCGCACCCUUAAAGUAGAAGUCGUGGAACAGCUUCAAGAGAACAUUCCCAUCUUAUUGUGCAACUUGGAGAAGAUAUUUCCUCCUGGGUUUUUUGACGUAAUGGAGCAUCUAGCUGUCCACCUUCCAUAUGAGGCAUUGCUUCGUGGACCUGUACAUUACGGAUGGAUGUAUCAGUAUGAGCGAGCCAUGAAAUAUUUGAAGGGAAAAGCAAAGAACCUUGCAAAGGUUGAAGGUUCUAUAAUUGCUGGAAGUUUGACGGAAGAAACUUCUCACUUCACAUCGUACUACUUUGCGUCAAAAGUACGUACUCGGAAAAGAGCUCCAAGGAGAUAUGAUGAUGGUGGUGUCGCGCCAACAUACGCAGUUGCUGGUGUUCCAGACAUCUUUAGCCAGAUUGGGCGACUGGGUGGAAAAUCAAAAGAGGUUUGGUGGUCGAGUGAAGAAGACGCUCAUAGUGCACACACCUAUAUUCUACUUAAUUGUGAGGAUCCAUUGAUUCGUUAUUUUGAAAGCCUAUUUGUUUCACAAGUCGAAGAAACAUUCCCUGGUAUAUCCACAACUGACGUAGACAAAAGGAAAGAUCAACACUUUAUAAAAUGGUUGAAGAGUCAGGUUGAUUUUGACGACGAUGCAGAUUAUCCUAAGUGGUUACAUGAAGUAAUUCAAUCUCCACAUGUAAAGGUCACCACUUCACAGAUGUAUUUCACACGAGGCUAUACUUUUCACACAUAUGAGUAUGGUAGACAGCGGGCAACCAGUAACUAUGGAAUAUGUGUGAAAGGGGAAACCGAUUUCUACGGUAUCUUGACAGAGAUUAUCGAAGUGGAAUUUCCAGGGAUAUUGAAGCUGAAAUGCGUCCUCUUCAAAUGUGAGUGGUUCGACCCCGUCGUCAACAGAGGUGUUCGGUUUAACAAAUUCGGUGUAGUUGAUGUCAAUGGUGGAAGAAGGUACAACAAAUUCGAGCCUUUCAUCUUAGCUUCACAAGCAGAUCAAGUUAGCUACCUUCCAUACCCUCGGAUGAGAGAAUCGGGAAUAAAUUGGUUAUCCGUGAUCAAAGUUACACCUCGAGGACGAAUCAUAAGUGGAGAAGAACCACCAUUGCAAGAAGAACAGAUAAAUGAAGUCGAGGAACCUGAACAACAAAUUGAUGACAUUCUUCUCAUUGAUCCGCAUAAUCAUGAGUAUGAAGAUCUUACCGACGAUGGCACAGAUGAAGCUGUUGAAGACGAGUUUAAUGAAAAUGAUGAUGUUUCUAGUGAUGACGAAAAUGUAUCUGAUUGAUGUAUUUGUGUUUUAAUAUGAUUGAUUUUCAGACUUAA